UCUUUCUUCUUUCUUUCUACACUACUCUCACUCAAUAUUCAUCUGACUGCAUUAUCUCACUACCAUUAUGGCCUCCUCAUCUACCCUCUCCGCCCAAGAGCUGGAGACUCUGUCCACCAAGGCCAUCGCUGCCAAGGCCUCUGCAUACUGCCCCUACUCCAAAUUCCGCGUCGGCGCAUGUCUCCUCACCCACUCCGGUGAAUUCAUCCAAGGCGCCAACGUCGAAAAUGCCUCAUUCCCAGUCGGAACCUGUGCGGAGCGAGUCGCAUUCGGCACUGCAGUAGUCGCCGGCCACCAAAACUUCAAAGCCAUCGCCGUCGCUACUGACAUCUCGCCUCCUGCGUCUCCGUGUGGCAUGUGUCGGCAAUACAUGAGGGAAUUUGCGACCCCCUCUUUCCCUAUCUACAUGUAUGACAAGGACGGUAACUACACUGUUACUACUAUGGGCGAGAUAUUGCCUAAUUCGUUUGGGCCUGAUGAUCUUGAGAGCAGUGCCUCAUCGUAGGGUUUUUUGGGAUGGGAUCCUUUUCCUUUUCAGUCAAUGCUGAAUGCUAAGUUGCUUGAGUCUAAGUAUAGGACUUCAUUAGCCAGUAUAGUUUC